GUUUACAAAAUGUCCAAAGGGAAUAAAACACCUCAAAAGAGCAAGGAUCCUAAUUCGAGUUCUCCGUUGACGCCAGUACGGUAUCUGGACAGCCCAAUACAGCAGUCGCCUACAAGCCAUGAUUCAAACCUCGCCACCUGCAGAACGAGAUUGGAAUCCUUGGUGAAACAACUCCAGGAUAACUAUGCCAAAUGGAAACUAGCCCAGCAACGUGGAACCUCUAUUUGUUAUGCCAUUGAAGCCAAGAAGACCAAAUGCCUGGAAAACGGAGCGGGCACGUCAUAUCCAGACGAUCUUAUUUUGCCUUGUAAUAAGUUGGCCAUUAUAGCCUCCAUAUUUCGGGACAUAGCCAUCAAGACGAAAGAGAUUUUAAGGCAACUAAGAGCUCUUUGCAAACUGCCAGGAGCUGCUGCCGAUACGAUAUAUUACAAGUCCUGGAAACUUCCUCAAUUUGUGGCGUUUACCAAAGAGUUAUCAGGCAGAUACGAACAAGAGGCUGUGAUUAAGCAAAGAGUGGCGGAAAAUAUAGCUCACUCAACGGAUAGAAGUGAACUCAUCGCCCACACAACUUUCUGGGAGUUUCCCGAAUACGUAGAUUCCUAUGUUCAGUUCGGAUUUCUUAUUUUGUCUGAAGAAGUCACUUUUAAGCAAUAAAAAUUUAAAUUAAUAU